AUGAAGGGACAGUCAUGCAGUAUUGGAACAACAUUAUCUGCGCAGAAAUUGGCCAUUCAAAACGGCUCUCACGUAAUAUCGAAGCAGAAGCCGAUCAUACGAAUAAUCCACAUAGUCGCACCGGAAAUCAUUAAAACCGACGUCGGAAGCUUCCGCGACCUCGUGCAGAAGCUAACAGGUAAACCCUUGGAAAAAAGAUCACCAUCAUCAAUGAAAAUGGUCGUCAAGGGCAAAAAUGUCAUUUCAUCCAAAUCUGGAGCGGCAGACAAACAUCCGCCGCCCAAACCGCAGAAUAUUCCUCAGAGUCGAAUAUUGAUGAAAAGAGAGUACAUCUCAUGUGAAGAACAAGAACAAGGGGUAUCUUCAUCAGAUCAUAAUAACAAUAACAACAACAAUAAUAAUCCGAAUUCGUUUUUGAAUUUUCUCGGAGAAGGAAUAUUCAUGCAUGAUGUGAACCACGAAUUUCCUCUACUUACGUUCAGAGCGUCUUCGACAUCAAAUAUCAAUGCCUUCGGAAAUCACUUGCCUCUUUGCUAG